AUGACUGCGCCGAGGAGCGUCUUGGUCGCGGAGACGCUGCCCAAGUUCCUCCUACCCCGUCUGAGCUGGAGGGCGUCAUCAGCCACCGGUGCCAUCUCUCAUGAUUUGCGCGCACGAUCCGGGACAGCGGCGGGAGCAGCUAUAGCGACUCGGCGGCACUCUACAUGGCCGUGUACGGGACGGCGAGCGACCUGGAGCCCCAUCCUGUCGCGGGCCGCGUUUCACACGACGCCCACUCUACGGCGCGAUCACCACUUUGACACGCUCAAGUUCGUGCAGCGUCUCCAGGACGAGGGCUUCACCGAAGAGCAAGCGGCGGCCAUGAUGAAGGUUCUCAACGAUGUGAUUGAGGAGAGCAUCGACGAGCAGUAG